UUGGAGCACUAUGCUAUAAUGAAAAACGUUUUUAUGUCCCUUUUCGUUUCAAACAAAGGGUAGUUUACCUACCCGACCACUGAUAUUAAAUAUCCUUCGUUAAUUUUUCGUUUAAGAAAAUUAAUUAUCGAUCGUCCGGUUUUCGGUACAAAAAGCGCAUUACUCACGAUGGCUUCGAUUAAAACGGUCGCGGAGGAGGCGGACGAGUAUGAGCCUCCGAAGUGUCUCAAGAAUCUGCGUUGGUACUUUAUGGAGUACUGCAACAACACCAGCAUUCACGGAUUUAAAUAUUUGGGGGAGCGACGGAGCUCAGUUGAAAAGCUGUGGUGGGUGAUCGUCUUGUCCUGCUCCUUGUAUUUCUGCGUGGAUUUUAUGACCGAAGCCUACCACAAGUGGCAGCGGUCGCCUGUCAUUGUUUCGUUUGCGACUAGCGAAACGCCAAUUUGGAACGUGCCCUUUCCAGCGAUCACAAUUUGCCCGCGCACCAAGGCGAUCAAAUCCAAGUACAACUUCACCAAAGUUGCCCUUUUAAUAAAUGAGAACAAGGAGAACUACUCGAUGUGGAACGAGUACAACUACAUGUCCAUGGUGUGCCCAAGCCAACUGGACCUGUUCGUUGAUAACGAAACUGCCCAAUACAUCAAUCGCGAAAUCAUAAACUUUCUCAUUGAGGUGCAUCCCACAGUUAACUACUCAGUCGUCAACUGUAGCUGGAUGGGGCGGAAUUGCGAUGACAAGUUGAUGCAGUACUUCGUACCGACCGUGACCAGUGAGGGUGUCUGUUUCUCGUUCAAUAUGCUGGACAAGGACGAGAUUUUUACGUCGCACAUGACCGAAGACUACUCCGAUCGAAAGUUCUCCGAGCGCCAGCCCAACUCAGAGUGGACCUUAGAAGAAGGUUAUCUAGAUGACGCAACUUUGAAAGCGUUCCCUCGCCGAACUUUGAUUGUGGGCCCAAACGGAGGACUGGAUUUAACCUUUAUGACUCUGCAGUCCGACCUGGAUUACCUUUGCGGCGACGCCCUGCAAGGAUACGAUGUGAUUUUGCAUCACCCAGCCCAGAUGCCGGUUGCCAAAGCGGGCUACUUUCGUGUCGGAUUGAACCAGGACGUGGUGGCGGCGGUCAAACCCAACAUGAUGCGAACCUCUGACGAACUACAGCGCUACAGUGCGUACGAUCGGAACUGCUACUUUGUGGAGGACAGAAAGCUACGCUUCUUCAAAGUUUACAAUCAACAGGACUGCUUGAUUGAGUGCUUGGCAAACUUUACUCUCGCCACCUGUGGUUGCGUCGAGUUCUACAUGCCGCGUGACAAUCUCACUUCAAUCUGUGGAGCCAAGCAAAGGAUUUGCGUCAAAUACGCCGGAACAAAAUUUCUGGAGAGCGAGGUAUCUUUCCAAAUUGAAAACGGUGAGGAGAAUGAAGAAAACCUGACGAAGCACACUGCGCCCAAUUGCAACUGUCUCCAAUCGUGCAAUUCGCUAAGCUACGACGCUUCAAUUUCCCAGUCCGACUGGGACUGGAAGAAGGGGAAGAGGAUCGUUUCGUCAAAAAACGAGACCGACGGCUAUAAUCUAUCGAGGCUCAGGAUCUACUUCAAGGACAUGCAAUUUAUCACGUCCCAACGCAACGAGCUCUACGGCAAGACGGACUUUUUCGCAAAUUGCGGCGGACUUUUAGGCCUGUUCACCGGAUUUUCGAUCAUUUCGCUGGCCGAGAUCGUGUAUUUCGCGACUUUGAGGUUUACGUGCAAUUUCCGCAAGCACGGCAGGCACUAUUGGUCCGGCGCCAAGGAGCUUAUGAACGAUCCCAAGCGCCACGACUAAAAAAUUCGAGAUCGGCGAAAACUACAUUAAGUGCUCCCAGAGAAUAGGGGUUUUCACGUUUCAAAUCUAAUAGCGCACUAAUCAAUGUUUAAAACUUUGGCAAUAAUAAUAAUAAUAAUAAACAAAAAGUACUACCUGAUUCAUCAUAUAUCACCCAAAUAGCCCGGACUUUCUUAGUUUCUCUGAAAAUGUGCGCAAUUGAGCCUAGCACCUACGCCUGGGUCCAUGAAGUUAGCAGAACAUCGGCGGCACAAAUUUU